UUUAUUCAGUCAAUGCCAUCACCAAAGCAGGAACACAAGACGUACAACAAAAAGCAGUAUUGCCUUUAUUGCUUUAAGCCAUAUUCAAAAAUGGCCAGACACCUUGAAUUUGUCCAUCGCAAUGAAGUGGGGGUUGUAAAGGCAGUAGCAUUUCCAAAACAUUCCAAAGAAAGACGAGUCCAGUUAAACCUCCUUAGAAAAAGGGGCAACUUUGCCCACAACACCGAUGUGGUGAGACAAGGACAUGGGGAGAUGAUUGCCUGCUACCGUCCAAAAAAUAGACAAAGAGCCAAUGAAUUUAUUCACUGCAUUUACUGCCAAGGGCUUUAUAACAAGCGUAGCCUUUGGAAACAUAUCAAAAACUGUCCCCUGAAACCAAAAAAUGAGGAUGCCCAGGGCAGGAAAAGAGUUCGAUCCCUGUGUGCUCUAAACACACCAGUCGGCUUAGAAGUGAGCAAAGGAUUUAAGAAAGUACUCUCCUUUAUGAACUAUGAUGAAGUUUCGCGUGUAGUUCAUACUGACAGAUGCAUCAUGCAGCUGGGGGAGCACAUGUUCAACAGGAUGGGGUCUGAUGUGACCAAACAUGACUACAUCAGACAGAAGAUGAGAGAAGUAGGCAGACUUCUUCUUGAAGCAAGGAAGAUUACCCCACUGAGAACAAUGGUAGACUUCAUCAUACCAACUAACUUCAAACAUGUCAUAGCAGCUGUUAAAGUUGUAUCUGGCUAUGAUGAAGAGAAAAACUCCUACCGCAUUCCUUCUUUAGCUCUCAAACUUGGGCAUUCUUUAAACAAGAUAUCUAGCAUUGUUGAGAGCAAUGCCAUGAUGUAUGGAGAUCAUGAGCGUGCUGAGUGUGCCCGAGACUUCAGGAAAAUACACCAGGCAAGGUGGAAUGAGUACAUUUCUGCUGGUGCUAUAACUACAUUGAAAGAAGCCAAGUGGAACACACCACAGAUCAUUCCUUUCACUCAGGAUGUCAAAGUCCUGCACACACAUCUUGAAAAGAAACACAAUGAGCUCCUAAGUAAGCUCAGAUCUUGCCCUUCUGCUGACAGCUACGCUGCUCUAGCCAAGGUCACGCUGUCCCAGGUCAUCCUGUUCAACCGAAGGAGAGAAGGUGAGGUAUCCCGGAUGCUUUUGUCAGCUUUUAAAAGCAGGGAUACUUCUGAGCUACACGAAGACAUUGCCAUCUGUCUGUCUGAGUUUGAGAGGAAGCUGUGUCUGCACUUCUCAAGAGUUGAGAUCCGUGGUAAACGAGGGAGAAAGGUUCCUGUGCUCCUCAAGCCUUCCAUGGUUUCUGCCAUGGAGCUGCUUGUUGAAACGCGUGAGCUUUGUUGUGUUCCAGCAGAGAAUCCCUUUAUGUUUGCUAGGUGUGGAGCAAUGUCUGCCUACAGAGGAGGAGAGUGCAUCAACAAAGCUGCUUGCGAAUGUGGCAUAAAGAACCCUGAAGCACUGUCAUCAACUAGGCUCAGGAAACACAUAGCAACCAUGUCUAAAAUUCUAAACCUUAAUGAGAAUGAAGCAGACCAACUGGCUGAUUUCCUUGGUCAUGAUAUCAGAAUCCACAGACAGUAUUAUCGGUUACCAGAGGGAACACUGCAGCUGGCAAAAAUGAGUAAAGUCCUAAUGGCCAUGGAGAAAGGAACACUGUCUGACUACAAAGGAAAGAAACUUGAUGACAUUGAAAUCGACCCAAAUGAGCAACUUGAGGCCCAAGGUGAUUCCAUGUCAAGUGAUGAGGAGGAUUCCAGUGACCUAUCUCAGUCAACAGCACCAGUAAAGACUGAUCAACCCGUUCAAUCUGAUCAAGCUGUUUCACAGGAGGAUCAAGGUUCUUCAAAUGCUCCAAAAAAGAAAUGGGAGGACAGUGAGGUAAAAGCAGUAGAGAGACACAUGAUGAGUUUCAUCAAGACAUGCAAAGUUCCUGGUAAGCAAGACUGUGAAAGAUGCAUUCACGCAGAGCCAGAAGCUUUGAAGCAGCGAACAUGGACUGGUGUGAAAAAUUAUGUGCGGAACAAGAUCACGACUCUUAAAAGAAAGGGUGGUUUGUAGGGAGGCACAAACACUUCAACACUUUGCACAUUAUGCUCUUUUUGUAGGAAAUGGAGCUAAAUUAAAAGAAAUGAGGAUAAAGGUGUAGAAAUAUUUUGUGGAUGGAAUGAAACAGAAUAUAAAGUGAAAAGUAAGAGUAUAAGAAGGCUAAUGAAGAAGUAGAGGAUAGUAAGAGUCAAUUUUCUUUGUUCAGUUUCAAUGAAGUUGGAUGAAAUGUCAUGUUAAACUUUUUGAUAUUUCUGUCAUAGAGGGAGGGGAGAAUGUAAAGAUGA